AUUCUGGGGUGGGGUUCAUACCAUCCUGUAGGUGGCAGCACUACCCAGCUGAGUUCAAAUACGUGCUUGAUAAAAGACGCCGAAGAAAGGAAAUGGACCAAUAGAAACGCGGCUGUUUCGCUUUUGAAAGAAACGCGCUUGUUGACGGAUUCACUGGAGGUGUCCCAACUUGCUGAUACUAGCCGAAUAGUUGUACUCCAACAAUGCCAAGUCGAAGUGUGAAAGGCUCGUCUUCCACGAGAUGUGAGCAGCGACCUCCUUUGAGAAGUGUGGAGAAUGAAAAGCAGCAUUUAUCUACGCCACUACUGAGACGCCAGUCCAAAUCACUGUCAAAAGUGGCAAAGGAGGAUGUUUGUCUCGACUCGUGCUCUCCUCCACCAUCCAAUGUGACGCAAACCAUCAAAAUAGACCAUUUAGGACUCCCUGACGUCACAUUUAAAUCCUUCAUCUGCUCAAGUGGCGAAGUGGUGAUUUCCGAUGAGACUUCACUGUGCACAGAAGACCACAUUUUCUUGCCUCAGGAUCAAACUAUUGAUGUCACUUGUGAAAAUGAGGACAUGGGCACCAGUGAGACCUGCAGCGUGCACAUGGAACAUCCUUAUUACCACCCCGAGUCAACGGAUGCAGCCUUUGGUGAAGGCGUUCCAGCCAACACUGGUCCGAUCGAUUUUUUUGAGUGUGACAUCCGUGAGAUGGACCUUUCAGCAACCUCCAGGCAACCGGAUGAAACCAUUCCUCUUGUAAUAGACGACAAACAUGUGGAUGAUCUCAACUACCGUCAAGAUGAAGGCACUCCAAAUGAAGUCUGCGAUGUGACAUUUAAAUCAUUCACUUGCGACGGGGGCGAGUUGGAAAUUCCUAACGUCACUCAAGUGGAAGAUGAGACCGUUCCUCUGCCAGCAGAGCACAUGGUGACCAGUGAUCCAGAGCUGAGCUUUUUACCUGCUGAUGUGGAACUCUGCAGUGAUCACGUUGAUCAUCCGUACUGCCAUUUUGAGACCGAUGUGGACACUUUUGGACAAGAAGGGGCUUUGUUGAAUGAUCUUGUUGCUUUUCCAGAAGAGCAAGCCGAAAGCAUCCAGUUCCAUCAUCACGAGUCUCGCACACUGGAGCACAUUCAAAAGAGCCACAAUGACGACAUUGUGGGUUCUCUCACACCAACAUUACAGACUUUACCUGACAACUCAGUUUCAGCCCAAGAUGAAUUUGAUGAAAUUUCCGUGGGCACUCAAAUGUUAAAUGAGACGUUUCCUCCUCCGGCAGAACCAAUUGCAAGCGCUCAUUCAGAUCCACAAAUUUUACCUGCUGAUGUCCAGAUCAGUCAUUUGGAGAAGAAUCCUCUUGAUCCUCUCAUUGAGACCGAAAUGGACAGGCAAGUUGUUCCAGAAGAACAAACUGGGUCCUCAGAGUUCCUCAGCAAGAAUCAAACUCUCACAGUGGAUCCAAUUGAAGGAAACCAAAACGAUGACAUUUUAGAGACUUCGACACCAUCGCCACCGGAAAAGACUCUGGCUCCUGAGUCAAUUCAUUUAAAAGACCACGAGACACCUCAGAGGCAUGACGAUGACAAAAUGCUACCCGAGGUUGAGUCAGAUCUCGAAUUCAGCGAGGGCAAGGACAGCGCGCUUGGUUUGUCUGAAAACAGAGCACCCGCGCUAUCGCCCGUGGAGAAACCCCUGGCCGAGACCAUGCCCUAUGUUUUAAAAGUACUGUCGGAGUGCCCUUCUGUCGUGUCGGCUCUGCAGCUCAUGAGUCCGGUUCGAAGGGCGUCCCUGUCCCUCAUGAGGACUCGCAGGGAUCCUGCUGUUGACUUUGAGAAGAACGUGCUUUCGCCAGAGCUGGCCUCUUUGUGGACGGAGCAGGUGGAGAGCCCGAUGCAUUCUCCCCUCUUCAACUCAACCACUCUGAGCAACAAGAUCCAGCCAGAGGGUCAACAAGCCGAGGAUAAGAACAGUCAGGGGUCAAAGGUUCCCGCUGGACCUUUUAUUCCGGAUGGUCCCCUCCAGCAGCAGCUACGGCAAAUGGCGGAGUUUCUCCUCCUCGCGUCAGGAAAGAUGGACUUUGCUGUCGCUCCUGCUGCUCCUCCCAUAAAGUCCUCCAAUGUGGGCGUGGGCGUCACCCCAAUAAAAAAGUUGGACCGAAGCCUGAAUACGUCGGGAGAGUUUGUAAGAAAGGGGGAAUUUUUGAAAAUAGACGCCUGCACACUUACAGAGCCUCUUCCUCUCCUGUGGAACUGUCACCAGGAAAGCUUGGAUAGUGUGCCCAGAGAGGAACUGGAGCAGAGGCUGAUGUCAAGCAUGGUCAUGGUGGAGGCCUUGGUGCAGCAGCUGGCAGCGGCCCGGGCCGUACGCGGCCCCCAUGCGACCCCGGCGCCCUCUGAGCUACGGAACAAACUGGUGCAGACGGAGCACACAGAGCUCAGCCAGACCACAAUGUAUCGGGACUUGUAUAUGGAGGCUUUGAAUAGGAUUAGCGACUUGGAGCAAGAUGGAAGAUCUCUGCAGGAACUCGUUCAGCGUAUGCAGGGCAUGCGCGUUACCAUGGCAUCUUUGGCCGGUGACACCGAUGCGGCGCUGUCUGACGCAAAGCAAAUGGAGGCGCUUGUUCGAGAAGAUCAUCAAACGCUCUCGUCUCACUACGGCGAGAUGAAGUCGUUGUAUACGAAGUUCAAAGAAACGCAGCUGCGAAUGAUGCAGAAGGUCGACGGAGCGUUCGGGCAAAGAGACGAGAUGAAGACUCGGAUGGAAGACGCCCAGACGUCCAAGGAAGCCGCCUUCAGUACCGUGGAGCAGCUGAGGACUCACUGCGCUAGCGAAAUGGCGGCGCUGCAGAGGAGCAUCGGCUCUCAGCAGGAACUCCUGGCUGCGCUCAACGUUACCUUCCCAGAGCAGGUUGCACUAAACAAGAUGAACGGUGAAACCCUGAACUCUGCUUCGGAUCUUCUGUGCCAAACCAUGGAGGAUCAGACCAAUUUGACUCGAGAAUUGUCCGUGGUCAGGAGCCUCGUGCAGCGGUCCGCCCCUAUGCUGGUGAAGCUGAACGAGAAGGCGGCGGCCGCUCUGACAGAAAGAGAUCAGCACAUGUCAGCCCGAGAGCGAGUGCAAGAGGAGAGAGAGCAGGUGGAAGAGGAGCUGAGAGAAGCCUUAUUAAAUCUCCAAACUGCCCAAGAACAGAUUGGUGAUUUAAAUCUGCAGGUUACUAUUUUGAGCUCAGAGAUGAGCGUGCUGCGUCAAAAGCUGAAGGAGCACGAGGAGCAGCGAGCUCAGCUUGAGUGUACCGUGACGGAAAUGUCGGCCACCGUGUCCUCCACCACGGCAGCCCACACCUUCCUGGAGCACACCCUGGCCGAGGAGACAUCCAAGUUGGAGCAGGCACAAAAAGAUGCAAGCCAGGCCAAGGAAAAAGCAGACUAUUUGGAGUCUUCACUGUGCCAGGCGGAAGAGUGGGCAGAGGAGCUCAUUCGUAAUCUGGCCGAGAAAGAGGAGAACCUGUCCCGGCUGCAGGCGCUCUCGCAGUCGCAGAGUUUACAGAUCCAGCAACUGAGAGACGUCUGCGCGCAGCUCAGCGACGCGGCGGAAACGAACGAGUUCCUGCAGGCGGAGAACGAGAUGGCCCGGGACCAGCUUGCCGAAAGCGAGAACGUGUCCAGGGUUCUGCACGAGAGGAACAUCCAGUGUGAAGACCUGAAAGCAGAACUCUGCCAACUACAGCGAGAGAAGAGGAGUAUGCAGGAGGAGCUGGAGGCAGAACGGUCGCGAGCCAGCACGGCCCAGCUGAAGCGGGCCGAGGAGCUCGCUCAGGCCGUCACGGAAACUACCCUGCUGCAUCACGCGCUGCGAGGGAUGACCAACGAGCUGCAUGAUGCUCUCGGCGCCCAGAAGCCAGAACCGAAGAACUCGUCACAGGCCCUCCAAGUGGACCGGCGGAAGCCGUCCAGCUCUUUGGUAGACUGCGUCAUGGUUGCCCUAACAGCUGACAAGAAUGAGGAGGAGGAAGAAGCCAACACGGCAGACGUUUCCACGGACUCGCCAAGAGACAGCAUAUUCAGCAAGAGCAGUGCCUUCACACGCUUGCCAGUCACCCCGAAAAAGAAGUUCGUGUCGCAGGAGUCUGAGGAUGAGGAAAAGAGGGAGCAGAGCAGUCUGCUGGAGGCGCUGGCCCACUUGAGCAACACGGUCACGGAGCUCGUCGGCACGCUGGAGUCUGCGCAGCGACACAAAGACGCUCGGCUGGAGGAACUGCAACACACCGUUUUUAGCCAGCAGAUGGCGCUGCAGGACGCAAACAGCAAGCACAAGGCGGAGGAGUCUGAGCUGAAGCUUCAGCUGAGCCGUAUACGCACCCAGGCAGAGCGCUGCGAUUUAGCACUGCAGCAGCAAGCUCAGGAUUCAAAAACGAUAACCAAGCUGAUGAAUGAUGUCACAGAGGCCCAGGAGCAGAUGAUCAAAUACAGGCUGGAUUAUAAUGAGUUGCGCAAGGAGACAAUGGAGUUACGUCGCUCCCGCCAACAAAGUGAAACAGAAGUUCAAAUCCUGCGCGCAGAGUUCAGGAAAACCGAUGGACAGACGGCCGGCGAAGUUGAUGUGAAGGAAGAGAAACUCCUCUUGUUAAAAGAGGUGGAUCGACUGAAGACGAACCUUCGGGAGAUGGAGCAGACCAGGCACAAAUUGCUCGAACGGGCUAAGAGACAUCAACAAAUCCAACAAAUGAACCAGCAGAAGUGCGAGAAUGAAGUGCACAUGUUGAACAACAUGAUUAAUAAAGUCCGCGAGACGCUGCGGUCAUUGCCCGAGGCGGUGAAGAAGUGUGAGCAGCUACAGCAGCUUUUAGAAUAUUUAGGCUGAUCAUUUGGUUUUUGUUUGCUUUUUAUACAUUCAAUGUGUUUUUUAAGCGCUUUUUGUUCUCUAAUGUUUAAUGUAAAUAAAUACUCAAACUAAAAAGUUUUUUUUUUUUUUGGGUCCAAUGUAUUUAGUAUUUUAGUAUAGUGAGACAAAAUAUAACAUGAACAAAAAAAACUUUUAUGACAGCUAUAACAAAAGUUUUCCAACUUUUUGGGUUCAGGGCGACAGUUUUUCAAGGACCGGCACAUAAACAGAGAUUCAAAAUUUUAUAAUGUUGCAAAAAAAAAAAAAAAUCUCUAAAAAGAAUGCUGUAAUGUGAUAUUUUUUCAGUUUGAGAAUCACCCAGCUAUGUUUUGUACUGUAUCUUCUUUUUUUUUUUUUUUUUUUGUAUUUCCCUUUCAAACUGCAAGAUUCCACCGGCCUCACAAUUCAGCCUCGUCAAUCACUGCGGCUUCUUUCCCAGGCACGUAAUCAAGUGUCUCGGGCUAACGAAGUGCAUCCUUUCAGGUCUCAUCUUGUCUGUGUUGAGAUACAACUACUGCAAUUGUUGCUUCUCAAGCCUUUUUCGAGGCUGAACUAUCGCGUUAGAAAUCAACGCACGGUUCGAGUAGAUUAGCCGAAUCUGAAGUGUUGCGGCGGAUCCAAAAGUGUGCCUCCAAAACGACAGUGAAAAUAUUGCAGACACCAAAAAAUCCACCAAUGACGCUUGUUGAAGUCCACUUUUUACUCUUCAAGAAAUGUGCUGUACAAGUUCCCAAAAAACUCAUGCGACGUUCUUCAUACAAGACACUUAUUGCAAAGCCAUCAAGCCCAAUAAGUUACGGGAAAAAAAUGAACCCUUAAGAAAGGAUAUUUUGUGGCAUUUUUUUUUCUUUUUAACUUUUGAAUGACCAAAGUGUGUUUCACUAUUGAUGGUUUGUG